AUGGCGGUCAUUGAUGAAAAUGAUCCAGAUGGCACUAUUACUCUUGAAAAAUGGGAUCAAAUUGAGCGAAAGCUCCUUGACUUGUACGUCGAAGUUCUUAAGGAAUUUCCAGGUACAAUUCCCAAAUGUCGUGACGGUGGAUGGUUUCAGGGCCAUGUGAAACUAGUCGCCUGCGUUGAUCAGCGUUCUGUUGAUUUCUUUCGCAUUGCCAUCUCCAGAAUUGGUGAGGUCUGGCCAGGCGCAAAGCUUAAAGUCGUUGCCAAGGAACAAAUUCCUGGCCGACCUAGGACGCGUUCCUGGAUUCCAGUCGAACCAUCCGACCCUCAGCGGAUUCUGGAGCUAAUUCGGGUGGGAAACCCUGAUCUAAAUACGUCCACGUGGAAGGUCACUAAGCCGGAAGAAGCCAAAGGCAAGUUUAGGUCGGUCAGUUUUGUGAUCGACAAAGCCUCUCUGGCCAUUUUGGCGCGAUCUGGUGGCGUAUUAAAUUACGGUUUUUUCCCCAUAACUAUGAGGGUUUACAAAAAAGAUGAGGAGCAAUCCUCGUCUGAUGUACGGGAAUCAGCGGCAAUUUCUCAACACACUGCUGAUCCCUUAUCGAAGUGGGCAAUAUUAAGCCUGCUUCCAUGA